GAGUAAUGGCUAUCGGUUCUGGAGCAUCUGUAGGAGCACUGGCGGCUUUAGGUGGGGUUUGUGAAAUUAGUGAAGCAGCACUUAUAAUUGGGGCUGGAAUAUCAUUGCCAGCAUUUGCAAUAAUUGCGGGAAUAGCUACUCUUGGUUUAGGAAUAUGGGGAGGUAGAAUGCUAAUGAGGAAGGGCGCUUUGAUUCUAGAAGAACCAAAAAUUCGUGAAAGGCUCAAUAAAAUCAUGAUUAAUGCAAUAGCUGCUUAUGAUAAAAAAGAAUAUCAAAAGUUUUUUGAGGCACUUUCUGAACCAUAUGAAAAAGAUGAUAAUCUUUUAGAAUUCGGAGAACUUAGGAUAGUUAUUAUUCCUAAACAUAUAAUAGAUACACUUAUAAAACAUGGUUUUAGAUCAGAUGGCAUUGCUUAUUUACUAAAUUUAAUUGGAGAGGUAUUGAUUAGCGGAAAAAUAAAAUUAGAACGUCAAACAACAAAAGAUUUGAAAGCUCUAGCAAAAAUUGUUUUUGAUGAAGUACUGAGUGAAAAACUUGAGCAAGAGGCAGUAAAGUUAGAUGGCCGUAUUCAUGAAUUGCGAAAAAGCUACCAACACUUACACUUGGCCGCUUUAAGCAAAGUCCGGGACUUUUUUUCACUUGAAGAAUAUAGAGAUAUCGCUCAAGAAAACAAAGAUGAUGCUCGGCAAAUGCCUUUUCAAUCGAGGUUAGAAGAAAUGCGUAAUUCUGCAAGAAUUAAUCUUGCAAUUUUUUAUAUAAUGGACACUGGUGACGAAGAAAGGGAACUAGCUAUCAAAACUAUUAAAGAAAUCCGAAAUUCAAUAAACAAAAAUUUUCAGUUUGUAGGCACAGCUAAAUCACGUUUAGAAGUCUUGGAGGAUUUCUUGUGGGUCAUUAGUGGUUCGGAAUUACCUGAGGAGUCAACUGAAAUAUCACUUACAACCUAUCCAAAAGCAAUAAAGUCGACUCAAGACAUAGAUAAUGAUGAAUAUUUUCGAUAUUUAAACGAAAAGUCACAGCAGACAUCUUCCGACCAAGAAAAAAUAUGGUUAUAUAAUGAAUUAGCAGCAUAUUACGAGCAACUAGCAGAAAAGGAGGACAAAAUUAACAAAUUAAAAGGCUUAUGUCAUUGGCAAGCUGCUCGAAAGAACUAUGAGAAUGCGCGUGGAAUUGAUUAUAAAAAUUUAAAUUCUGUUUUUGAAGAUUAUUUCAAAAAUUCCCGUAGUGAUGAAAGCCCCGUUUAUAACAUUUUAUCAAUUGACGGAGGAGGCAUACGCGGAGUUUUACCUGCUUUAUGGCUCAAAGAGAUAGAACAUCGCACCCACAGACCUAUUUCUCAUUUAUUUAAUAUGAUAGCUGGAUCAUCAACUGGCGGUUUCACUGCCGCUGGACUAUCAAUGCCUUUCUGGCAGUUAUCAUGUCGAUAUUCAGAUUUUAAACCAAAAUUUUCAGCUUCGGAUAUAUUGAACGUUUACCAGAAUGAAUCAAGGAAAUUAUUCGAUAUUGAUAAUACAGGUUGUUACUUCAAUCCGAAAUAUACAGAUAAAAGCCGUUCUAAGCUAUUUAAGGAUCUUUUUGGUGGGACAACGUUAAGUCACGCGCUUACCAAAUUGAUUGUUCCUGCGGUAAAUGAAAAAGACUUAGCACAGCCACAUUUAUUUAUGAGUUAUAACGAUAAUGCUAUCUCAGAUAAUGAUACUUUUUAUGAUGUUUUAAUGGCUACGACAGCUUCACCUACUUUUUUCCCACCUUAUAAGAUAAGGAAUAAAGGUUUUUUCUUGGAUGGUGGGGUACUUAUUAAUAAUCCAACAAUAACAGCUUAUAAUGAAGCUACCCGGUAUAAUAAUGUUACAGUAGAGAAGAUUUCUAUUCUUUCUUUGGGUACAGGAUGUUAUACACCAGAUACUUUAAGGCCAAACUUAUAUCGGAGUAAACUUUUUUGGCAACAUAAUAAUCAUAAGGUAGCAAUAUCAGAUAGCACUGAUUGUCAAAUGCAUGCUAAGUUGGGAGAUCGCUAUCAGCGAUGGCAAGUCUGGUUUGAAAACCCAAUAGAAUUAGAUGAUUUUGAAAAUAUUCCUAAUCUCUUAGAGAUAGGUUAUCAGUAUAUAGAAGAGCUCGAUGAUUCAGAUGAGAAUCCUAUUAACAAGUUAGUAGAAUCUCUUCAUAAAUCACAAAAUGUUCCCAAUAAUUUUGAAACUUCAUCUAUUGAGAUUACUGAGAUUACUACUACUACCACCUCUGUUUAA